UGCUAGGUGCACCUAGCAACACUCUGUUUGGUAUCAUGGGUUCAGGUGAAACAAAUAGGAAAGAUAAGAUGUCUUCUCUGGGCACUUCCAAAGGGAUUCUAGAAAUUGCCAAGUUCGGCGUCUAUGUCACCGCUCAUGUACACUUUCGCCGACAAUCCCAGCAACCUCCGCAAGUUCAUGGGACAUGGUUUAAGCAUUGCGGCUUCAAUUUUAUCUAUAUCGCAUUGGUAGGAAGCAAAUCAGAGAGUUUGAUUGGGAAGUAUGGUGUGGAAGCUUUUGGGAGCACGCCCUCUCUGCUCAUAUUCUUCUUCUUUGCUUCUCACACCCCUCUUAUUUCGCAGCAAAAUAAGGAACCUAUUUUUGGGCACCUCUGUUACAUGAAACCAUCUCCUUUCUUGGGGAACGUAAGCUUUCAUUCAUAUCCAUUUCUAAAGUUUAACGAUAAGGUUGUAGAGCAACAACAUCAGGAUUCUCAAAAGGCCUCAAGUGCUAAUGUUGAUGGUGAUGGUAAUGCCAAAGUAAAGAGGAACAAAUUAAAGGGGAAAAGAGCAGUUGUAAGAUGGCUCAAGUUCUUUAGAUUUAAGAAGAAGAAAGAGUAUGAAAGGAUGACAGCAGAGGAAAAAAAUUUAUACAAAUUGUUAAAGGCUCGAAAAAAAGAAGAGAGACUUUGUGAAGCUCUGAAAAAGAUUGAGCCUGCAGAAUCUUCAGAAACAACCCAUGAUCCUGAGAUAUUAACCCCAGAAGAGCACUUUUUCUUCUUAAAGAUGGGCCUCAAAAGCAAAAAUUACGUGCCAGUUGGAAGACGAGGAAUUUACCAAGGUGUAAUUUUGAACAUGCAUCUGCAUUGGAAAAAGCAUCAAACUUUGAAAGUGGUGGUGAAGACAUUUUCAGCAGAGGAGGUUAAGGAAAUUGCUGCUGAGCUGGCAAGAUUGAGCGGAGGUAUAGUGCUUGACAUUCAUGAAGAUAACACAAUAAUAAUGUACAGAGGGAAAAACUACUCUCAACCACCAACAGAGAUCAUGUCUCCACGAGUCUCUCUUUCAAGAAAGAAGGCAUUGGAUAAAUCCAAAUACAGGGAUGCCCUCCGAGCUGUGAGGAGAUAUAUUCCAAGGCUUGAACAAGAGCUUGAAAUUCUUCGUGCUCAAUUUAAAAGUUCAGCUGAAAGUAAUACAGAUGCUGCUGAGGCAAUCCAGAACAGUGGCAGAGAGAGUAUUGAGUCUGGGAGCAUCUCAAAUUUCCAGCUACAGAAUUCAUAUAAAGACCGUGAAAUGAUGAAUGUUAACAUUGGGAGCACAGAGGAUGAGACAGAUAUGAACUCUGAAUUGGAUUCUGAUUCUGAUAAGUUAUCAGAUAUAUUUGAGACUGAUUCAGAUACUGAGAAUUUCGUAAAGGAGGAGAAACCUCUUUACUUGGACGAGUUUGAUAAUUUUCCAGAGCAAAGCGAUGGAGAAAUGAAUGAUUUUGAGGAGCAUAUGCGACAAAUGUCUCUGAAAUCAAAAAACAUGGAAAAGGACGAUAACUUACCUAAGUUGGACGAAGUUGACAAGAUUUUUCUGCAAGCUACUUCCUUUUUAAAGAAAAAGAUAAAAUGAGAAAUAUGCAAAAGACAAGUGUAAUCAUUGUAUUGGAUAUAAACAGUGUAGUUUGGGAGAAAUUACAACGUACAACAAUGAAGUAACAUUGUGUCUGACUCAUUUUUAACACAAUAGAUAAAAAUUUAAUUGAAACA